GAAAAAUACAUGUAAACUGUAAAAGAAACAGUUUAAGCAAUUUGUAAUAUCUUGUAGGCCUUUGGAGUAAAUAAUAUUGAUCCAAACAUUUUUCGAUAAGCUAAACAUAAUCUUUCUGAAGCAGUAUUUUAUUAUAUUAAUAUAUUUUUUUAAGAUUAAGCCAAUAUCAAAUAUAAUGCAUAAUUUACUCGUUCUAGAUUUAUUUGAUUUUGAAUAUAAAUUAAAUGAAAUAUCAAAUACACAUGCAGAUCCUGAUGGAUUGGAAAUUAUCUUACUUGCUUUAAGAAAUUCACCUUUUAUAAUUUAUAAAAAUGGUAAACCAGGAAUGGAUUAUUCAUCAAGUAGAGAUUUGCUUUUAGUUGUUGGAUAAAUUUUGGCAGAAUCAGAUAUAUUUGAGAAAUAUAAAAAAUUAAUAGAAAAGAAAGUGGCUAAUUUAAAAAUUAAGUUAGUAAAUAAACCAAAGGAACAAGAAGGUGAAAUUCCUGCACUUAAGUUUGUAAGUGAAGGUAAUUAGAUCAAAGAUUUUGAAAGUCUAAAUAGAAUUAUAAGGCAUCAAUUCAAAUAACUUUCUUGUUUAUUAAAAAGAAAAGAAGCCCAAUAAACCCAGGUAUAUUGAAUAUAAGAUAAAAACAGAUUGAUAAAUUAGUAUAAUAAAUGAAUUUAAAGGAUUUUACUGUUGAUCAGUUGCUUAGUUUGUCAGAUCCAGAUUAACUAAAUGAAAUUACAACAAAUUUAAAAGAGAUUAUAUAAUUUUUAGAAUUUGAGACAUCUAUGCAUCGGCAUCAAGAAAUAUUUUGGGCUUGGCUUGUAAGAAUUUAUAGUAUUCAGGAAAGCACAGUCGAUGAGGAUAAAAAAGAUGUUCGAGAUCAUGCAGACUAUGGAUUUCCAGAUGAAACAAUAAUAUUUAGUCCAGGAUAAUAGAUGAUUAAAUUAAUUGAACAGUAAUAAUUGAUUCAUAAAUAUUAGCACUUAAAUGAAACUUCAAAAAUUAAGUGAUUAAUUUGAAUUAUUUGAAUCAAUCUCUUCAUAAUUUGAAGAUGCAUGGGAAAAAGUUUCUUCACUUUUAAAAGAAGAUCCAGGUUCAGAAUAAAAAUUAUAACAAUUACAAUUAUAAAUUCAUAAGAUUGUGGCUUAGAAUAAUAUUAAAUUAAUGUCUCUAAAAACAUACAAAGAAUAAGUAUUCUCUGAAAAAGAAUUGUUAUAUUGUUAAGCAAAUGAUUUCAUAAAAUAUGCAAUUAAAAAUAACUUUGCUUAAUAAUAGAAUCACAAUGAAAGUAAUGGAUUUGAUUAGAAAAUAAUAUAUUAAUAAGAACAUUUUACAUAAAGAAUUGAGUAAUUGAAUUCAUACUUAGAAGAUGAAAUUGGAAGAAUCAAAAUUCAUCUUAAAGAACUUGUGUUUUACCCAUAAAAAUGA